ACGUUCCAGCUGGGCGGCUCCCUCUUCUCUUCCGGGCUGUAGCGGUUGUACUCUGGUCGCCCCCCUCAGGGACUAUUUGUUGUCGGCGCCUCUCUGCCUCCUCAGGAUUACCGUGCGGCCACCAGUGACCUUCUAACGAGAAUGGCAUACCCAUAUCAGCAGCAAUCAGGGUUCCCUGGAUACCCCGGCUAUCCAACUGGUGACCCUGCAUAUGCUCCUGGUGGCCAGCAAGGAUUUCCUGGUGGGCAAUAUCCACCCGUUGGUGGGGGCGCAUACCCACCAGCAGCUGGAGGUGGAUACCCACAACCUGGAGGAUACCCUGCUGCUGGUGGCUAUCCUGGUGGGAUGCCUUCAUAUCCUCCCCAAGGUCCUGGAUAUGGAGCGCCAGGUCAAGGAGCAGGAUAUGGAGCGCCAGGUCAAGGAGCAGGAUAUGGAGCGCCAGGUCAAGGAGCAGGAUAUGGAGCGCCAGGUCAAGGAGCAGGAUAUGGAGCUCCUCCCGGUGCCCCAGGUUAUGGACAACCAGGUGGAGCUCCAAGCUAUGGUGGACCUGGUUACAGUGCCCAGCCAGGUGGAUUUGGAGCUCCAGCAGGAGGACAGUAUGGGGCUGGAGGAUACGGUGCUCCAUCAGGUGGUGCCCCUGCAGCUGGUGGGUAUGGUGCACCACCUAGUGGGGCUCCAGGAUAUGGAGGAUACCAGCAGCCUGCUGGUCAGAGCUAUGGAGGAGGUGCACCAGGUGGAUAUCCAGCAGGACCUGCACCUGGACAACAGCCUGCAGUCAGUGUGCAGUAUCAGCCUUUUGCAUCAGCCAUGACUGCAACCCAGGGCACCAUCAGACCUGCAGCAAAUUUUGAUUCGCUGGCAGAUGCUGAAAAGCUGAGAAAAGCUAUGAAGGGGUUUGGAACUGAUGAGCAAGCAAUAAUAGAUGUUGUUGCUAAUCGUUCUGGUGACCAGAGACAGAAGAUAAAGGCAGCAUUUAAAACUGCUUAUGGCAAAGAUUUGAUUAAAGAUCUGAAGUCUGAAUUAAAUGGCAAUGUUGAAGAACUCAUCCUUGCGCUAUUUAUGCCUGCAACAUACUAUGAUGCUUGGAGUCUACAUAAUGCCAUGAAGGGUGCAGGAACAAAGGAGGGUGUGCUGAUUGAGAUACUGUGCUCCAGAACUAAUGCUGAAAUUAGAAACAUAGUACAAUGCUACAAGUCAGAGUUUGGACGGGACAUUGAAAAGGAUAUCCGAUCGGACACCUCUGGCCACUUUGAAAGACUGCUCGUGUCUAUGUGUCAGGGUAAUCGGGAUGAAAGUCUCAAUGUGAACAUGCAGCAAGCUGAAUCUGAUGCCCAGCGCCUCUAUCAGGCUGGUGAGGGAAAGUUGGGAACAGAUGAAUCUUCCUUUAAUCUGGUGCUGGCAAGUCGAAGCUAUCCACAGCUAAAAGCGGUUGCCGAGGCUUAUGCCAGGAUUUCAAAGCGAGACUUGCUUAGUGUGAUCGGCCGUGAAUUCUCUGGCUACAUAGAAGAUGGAUUAAAGGCAAUCUUGCUGUGUGCUAUAAACCGUCCAGCCUAUUUUGCAGAAAGACUUUACAAGUCCAUGAAGGGAGCUGGUACAAACGAUUCCACUUUGAUUCGAGUUGUGGUUACUCGCAGUGAGAUUGAUCUUGUACAGAUCAAGCAAAUUUUUGCCCAGCAGUACCAAAAGAGCCUUGCCUCCAUGAUCCAGAGUGACACAAGUGGAGACUACAGACGUCUGCUGAUGGCAAUCACUGGCCAGUAGGAUCCACACUAUGAAAGCAGGAUGAUUGGAAUCCUUUUAUAUAUGGAAGUUCAAGAAAUGUCUUGUCUACUACUGGAUCUGAAAAGUGUCAAUAUAUAGCAGUUGGGUCACUGUGGCCCUUUGUGGUGUAUUUAAAAAAACAAAAACAAAACACAUAUGCCUUAUCCAAAAGUCUAUUGUAAGUUUUUCACAAUUAGAAUUUUUAGAAUGACAAAAAAUCUUUCUUCAAUAAAUAGUUCAUUGUCUUUUCAAGCCAUACUGGCCAAUAUGGCUGGAGUUGUCCCAUGUAUCUUGUAUCCCUUUGGGAAAGCCAUUGUACUUCUAUAUAACAGUGAUGACCUAUGUGUGUAGUUUGUACCCCUUCUUCACUGCAAUGUUAAAUGCACAUAUAGCAUGAAUAAAUAUAUAUUUUCUAAUGAGA